GUAAAAAUGGAAAAGAUCGUCGCUGCUGCAAUUGCGUCAUCAGAGCGGCUGCAACUGAUCAUUAUUCCACUUUGAAUGUUGAUAGAAACGCCACUUUGCAAGAGAUCAAAAGCUCUUACAGGAAGCUUGCCCGCAAGGUGCAUCUGAUGUGAAUCGUUUUACAAGACUGAACUUCAUGAUGAAUGGUUGCAUAUAAGGCAAUCAUCCAGAUGUGAACAGCUUUCGUCAAGUACCUGCAAUAAAAUAGAUUUCUAGAUGUGUUGAUUCUAGAUAUCUCCCUGUUUUGGAACAGUACCAUCCAGAUUUAAACAAGGGCCCUGGGGCAGAAGAGAAGUUUAAAGAGAUAAGUGCAGCGUAUGAAGUAACUACUCUUUGCUUAAAACACUGCUUUAACUGUUAUCAUUUGUAUCGGAUUUUCUUUUUACAUUCAAUCAUAGUGAAACUAUACCAUUUAGCUGCAGGGUUGAGUCUAUUUCAUUUUAUUAGCAUAUGAUGCUUUUGUUUCCCUAUUCAUUCUUUUGUUUCCUUAAAGGAAAAAGAAAUAAAGUUAAUUGUUAAUUUUCGUUCAUGCAUCAUAUUCUGUGAACUUGUGCCAUACAGCCAUAGCUAUUCACUCUGUCUGAUUAGUGUCUUAAUAAUGAACUAGGGGAAUGCCUAAUCAAAUUACAUCAGAAACAAAUGAUCGUAUUGCAUCUGCUCAUGAUUCUGAGACCUGCUACACCUGCACUUUUUUCUUAUGUGAGGCUACCAGGUGGCACAUUGUUAUAGGCCCGUGUAAGCAAUAUGACCUAUUACUGCUCAUAAGCUCGUCGGGGAGUACUGUAUGAUGCAUAGAGCCAUGCCAUCAUGCCAUGUCAAUGCCAUACAAGAGUCCUAUCGGAUGACGAGAAAAGAUCUUUAUAUGAUCGUUUUGGUGAGGCUGGUUUACAGGGAGAAUAUGAUGGGUCAAGUGGUUCACAGGGGAUGGAUCCUUUUGAUAUAUAUAAUGCAUUCUUUGGCGAUUCAGAUGGGUUCUUUGGAGGAAUGGGUGAAGCAGGUGGCAUAAAAUUCAAUAUGAGAAAUACGGGAAAGGAUCUUGACAUACGAUAUAACCUCAAUGUGAGCUUUGAAGAAUCAAUUUUUGGGGGACAGCAGGAAAUUGAAUUUUCUUGUUUUGAGACAUGUGAUAAAUGUGGUGGAACAGGUGCUAAAUCUAGUAGUAGCAUAAAAUCUUGUGCUGAUUGUGGAGGUCGAGGAGGCGUGAUGAAAACUCAAAGAACGCCGUUUGGAAUGAUGUCACAGGUAUCUACUUGCUCAAAAUGCAAUGGAGAUGGAAAAUUAAUUACCGAUCACUGUCAAAAGUGUGGGGGCAAUGGUAAUGUAAGUACAAAGCGAAGUAUAAAAAUAGUAAUUCCACCUGGCAUCAGUGAUGGAGCUUUGAUGCGAAUUCAAGGAGAGGGUAAUUUCGACAAGAAAAGGGGUAUUGCUGGUGAUCUAUAUAUUACUCUGCAUAUCAAUGAGAAGCAUGGAAUUUGGAGGGAUGGCCUCAAUCUUUACUCAAAGAUCAGUGUUGAUUAUACUCAGGCAAUUCUGGGGACUGUAAUCAAGGUAGAGACUGUUGAUGGUUUGAAAGAUCUUCAAAUUCCUUCUGGUAUUCAAAAUGGAGAAACAGUUAAAUUGUCAUGGAUGGGGGUUCCAGACGUCAAUAAGCCUUUUGUUCGAGGGGAUCAUCAUUUCAUUGUCAAUGUUCUAAUCCCAAAAGAUAUAAGUGACAAGGAACGAGCACUUGUUGAGGAAUUGGCUUCACUUGCUUCUUACAGAAAACACCAUGAAGCUCCUAUCAACAGCUCUGGGACAUCUGAAAGCAAAAUUGAAGAAAGUAGGACCAAAGAUGCAAGGAUCAAAUCUGUUGCAUCUCUUUGGAGCUCGAUUAGAGACUUCUUGGGGCGAAGGCAAUCUCGAGAAAGGUUCACUUCCAUUACUAUGGACACGUCCGGAUUGCUGUGGAAGUGUAGGAAGCCAGAUUUCUCCAUCACUUGUUCACUAAUAGCAGUUUUUAUGGUAACCUAUAUUUUGACAAUCAUGCGGAAGAUUGACGGGUGCACAUUAUCACAACGAAGAAACUCUCACCCGAAAAACCUGCGGGGUUAGCCUUAGAAGAAUAGUUAGCAUAGGUUAUUGCUUAGAGCAAUCUGUCUAGGUGUAUACUUAUCUCGCACCCCAAGUGAAAGUAAUCGGUUUCAGCAAGUCGCUGCCACAUUUAGUAACAUGCUUAUCUAGUUCGAGGAAGACGAGAAGAAUCAACGGGGAGAGAGAGAGAGGGAAGGUCAUCCUCAUGUAGUUUUUUUGACUGGUUCUAUGCAUAAAAUAGCAUUGGUAGUCUUGUGGACAGUAAUUUGAGUAGACUUGUUUCUUCCUUCAAAUUUAGACCUGGUCAGGCAUGUUUCUUUCUUUUGGGUUUGUUGUAUUAUUUUUCUCAAGGACCAUAGUUACCUGGAAUGCAGUAUGUUGUGAGUACGGUUUCAUUUGCUUUGUUCUUUUAGAAUGUGGUUGGUCGUCAAAAUUAUAUAUAUUUUUGGAUCUCUUAAUAAAUAUUAAUGAUUAUUUUUUA